GUCGGCGAAGCUGAGCGGGCGACCGACAACCGACGGACGACUCACUUCUCCGGCUGCAGACCGCAGUUCCACAAUGGCGCACAACGGAGAAGGACCGAUGAGCAAGCGUCUACGGACUGAUCUGGAGUCUCAGCAGGUCAGGAGUCUUGACCAGCAGCAGAUCAGCGGCAUAGGCAAUUUCAUAGACGAGCCUCGGCGGAAAAGGGCGGAAUCUGAUAAGUUGAACCACGUUUUGCUCUUCACCAUAAUCAACCCGCUGUACCCCAUCACAGUGGAUGUGCUGCACACCAUCAGCGCCCCCAACGGCCAAGUGGUGCGCAUCGUAAUCUUCAAGAAAAACGGCGUGCAGGCCAUGGUCGAGUUUGACAGCGUCGAGUCAGCAAAGAGAGCCAAGGACACGCUGAACGGCGCAGACAUCUACUCGGGCUGCUGCACCCUCAAAAUCGAGUAUGCAAAGCCAUCCAAACUGAACGUGUACAGAAACGACAGCGAGAGCUGGGACUACACCGUGCCAGAUUUAGGCGUCGGCGACCAUCUGAACCCGCAGCAUCAGCCCUUCUCUGGUGGACCGCCGAACAGAUACGCCGACGAGCCGCCGUACGGGGGCGGGGGAGGCGGCGGGAUGCCGCCGCAGAAUGGCCCCCGCAGCCUCCAGGACAAUUAUAACUCGGAUAGGCAAGGCGGCUACCCACCCGGCCCACAGCAGCAGCAGCAACAGCAGAACAUCCCGAGCCAGGGGACGAGCAACCCGGUGCCCCAGCAGGGCUCGGUCAUGAUGGUCUACGGCCUCAACCUGGAGAAGGUCAACCCGGACAGAUUGUUCAACAUUUUCUGCCUCUACGGCAACGUCGUUAGAAUAAAGUUCCUCAAGACCAAGGAAGGUUGUGCCAUGAUCCAGAUGGGUGAUUCAUUAGCGGUGGAGCGAGCGGUGCAAAACUUGAACAAUGUCCAGCUGGCAGGUUCAAAACUACAGCUAGGUUACUCAAAACAAGCAUUUCUCAGUGAUGUCCAGCACCCGUAUCAGUUGCCAGACAAGAGUCCCUCCUUCAAAGAUUUCAUGGGGAACAAAAACAACAGAUUUAUCAACCCAGUCAUGGCCAGCAAAAACAGAAUACAGCCACCAUCUAAAAUUUUGCAUUUCUUCAACACGCCGCCAAGUUUAACAGAGGAGCAGCUGAGCGAAGUGUUUCAAGCUGCAUCCGUCGGGUGUCCAAAGACCAUCAAACUCUUCCCGUCAAAGACUGAGCGCAGCUCUUCGGGCCUGUUGGAGUUUGACAGUAUCUCAGAUGCACUGGACGCACUAAUGAUGUGCAACCACUUGCCGAUCCAAAACCCAAGUGGCAAAUUCCCCUACAUUAUGAAACUGUGCUUCUCGUCGUCCAGGCAGAUUCCCACCACAAUAAGCAGCAGCAUGCACUCGAAGCGGGAAAGUCCUGUCGACCUGGAGAGCAUGGAGAACGGGAACGAGGACGAGUAGACUGGCCCCCUACUGCACCGGGACGCCGCCAACCAACACCAGAAGACAACCACACACACAGACAGACACAUGACACACACACACACAUAACACACCUCUUCCCGCCUCUUCGUUCCUUCAUCGCGUGCCAACCGAGGAAUUUCUCGUUCUUCAUUUUCUUCGCCAAUAAUAAUUAUUAUCAUCGUCGUCGUCGGAACACACACACACACUCUCACACACACAAUAUUGUACCAGCAACGUCUGACCUCGUUUCAUUGAUUCACCGGGUGGCGGACAAACGUGGUAGCGCCGCCGCGUUUCAUUAAUUUUGUUCAUGAAUGUGCAGAUGUAUCUCUGCUUGGCGCAGGGAGCACUAGUCAGUCGCUGAUUGCGUUCGCAACCAGAUGCAAAAUUAAUGACUGAGUCGUGUAUUUUUCUUUUCUUUUUUUAACUUUGGGUCGUAGGAUGAAAACUGGUGCUGUCUCUCGUUUUUUUGCAAAAGUGGAAUAAUGUCCAGUAUGUUAUUUCUUGUAUACCUCAGUGAAUGUAUACUCUCAAUUUUUUAGCCACGUGCAAAUAGACAUGCUCUUGUGUUGUAAUCGUCAGCAAUAACAAAUUAGACCGAUUUAAGUUUUUACUUGUUGUCUCAGUCGAUUUCCACGCAGUUGCUCGUGCUCGAUGUGAAUGAUAAAAAAAAACAUUACUAACGUAUAACUUCACUUCUUAUUAUACCUGGAAGUUAUUUUUGCAUACUGGCCGAGAAUAAUUAUUAUAAUGAUAGGUUUUUGACUACGGCAACUCGCAGGCAUGGGAUGUUUUUUUAAUGGAGAGUUUUUCUUUCAAUUUUUUGCUUUUUUCAACUGUGGAAACCAUAUUUUUUAUUUUUACCAAUCAGUUUUUUUCUUCUUUUAAAAUUAUGAUGAAGGUGAUCUGAACAUAUCAAAUAGCAAUUAAAUUAUAAGUACAUACCAACACAAAAGGCGGAGGAAGAACGGUUAACACUAGUUAGGAAACACACUCAUACACACACUCCCACCUUUUCGCUCCAUUUGGUUGACUUAACUUGAACAGGAAAAGAGGAAUAAACACAGAAACACACGUUCACACAAUUAAUCAAAUACAUAUGGAACAGAGUCUUGCAAACUCGGUACAUUUAAACUCCCAAUAAAUACAAGUUCAGCUCUUUCCCUCUACCAAUACACUUGCGAAAGGUAUUUUUCUCUAAACAAGCAAACUUGAGUAAGCACCAAACUAUUUGCAUUGCACUCACUAUGCAAUGAAGUUAAUCAAAAUCAAACGCAAGCCCAGUCGCGACAAAGAAUCGGAACGCAGUAAAUGAGAUGUUUCUUCCUCUUGAUCGCUGCCUCGACUCUGAUUUCCCCGCGCUUCAUGCAUGCAGUCACUGUCUCGUUGAGAGGGCCGAGUUAUUUGUCGCGGCCGCGCUUAUUUAACAUUACGAGAUAUGUAGUUAAAAUGUAGUCUUCCUCUUGCGCCUAGAAACUACAUACUUUUGUAGCCCAAGACUGUGUGAUCACAAUAGUGACCAAUUGGAUAAAAAAGAAAGUUCUUCUGUCACGCAUAUUUAACGGGAAAACUGUACUGUUUCAUUGACGAGAUGAAAAUAACGGUUGAAUGUGUUCAAAGAUUCAUUGGCAGAUGUUGUACAUUGCGACAAAUGUGUAAUAUGUAUUUUUGGUCUUGCACAACAUGAAUAGCCUCUGCAGGCGUGAAGGUGGGCUCGGUUUUUUAUCUUAGUACAGCAGUAAUGUUUCGGGAUUUAUCGCUGAAACAGGUUUUCUAUUUGUAGAACCGACUAGUUUGCUUUUUGUCUGAUUCCAAGGAGCCAAAACAUAAAUCUGCGUCUGUUAAAUUUAUCAAUGCACGGAACUAACAAUUGAGAUAAAUGAAAAAUAAAACUAAGAAAAAAAUGGCGAAAAUUUAUUAAGAAAAAAUGAAAUAAUUGAGAAAAAUAAGACAAAAUGUCGUGCCUUUUGUCAAAUUAAAAAGAAUUUUAGAUGGAAAAAUAUUUUCCUUUGGUUUUUUGCCGUUCAAAGGAAGAAAUAGAAAAAAUAAUUAUUUUACGCUUAAUUUCAUGCCAUCAAAAACCUUUCAGUCAACACUUGAGCCUAUUUUUUGAUAAAAAUGUUGCAAUCCAUUUUCUGGUGCGACAGUUUUGGCCGUUCGCGAAUCAGACAGACGGCGGGCCGGGUCGUUUCAGUCGUUUGCAUUGUACAAUUUUACUUCCCUACUUUGAAAGACAGUUUGUACAUACUAUUAAGUUUUUAUUUUAACACGUCGUGAAAGAACUAGAGAGAGAGAGAAAGAGGAGAGAACCACACACGAGAAAACGAAUAACCCCACUGACAGCAAAAAGACCACAAUGCAGCAUUUAUGUGAAUUUAUUAAUUGUUGUAACCUUACUACCAAAGUUGAAACAGCGCGGGUGGCGGACGGUCUCUGGUUCUGCGAGCGCAGCAGCCCGUCCGCCCGUCCGAUGAGAGUGGGUGGUAUUUGCCUCGUUUUUUGUCACUUCGCUGCUAGAGUACCUAGACUACUAAGCAUUUUCGACAAGAUAUGCGUAGUAAAUGCAUUACAAUUCGCAUAAGUGUAUUUUGAAAUUUCUAAGCGAGCGUUACUUGUAAAAACUAGAUUAUAAAAAAAAAUAUUGCUUCAAAACGUUCUCACAGAAAAGGGAAACGCGAGUUGUGGUUUUUCGAGACGAGACUAGCAAAAAGCACCGCAAAUUUUGAGCCGAAUCGGGUCCGAUGAGGGAAACCUGAUUUUCUUCUCACUCGCCGGCUCGCUUCGGUUCGUUUUCCUUGUGUAAACUAUGAGAUUCACGUAAAGUACAGUACAUAACUAAUAGCAUGUAAAAAGAAGAAAUUCAAAAGUUUAAUAUCAGAAGCAAUAUUAUGGUGUUUGAAGAGGGAAGAAAGCAAGCGAGCGAGCGCUCUGUGAAUGUUGUCCUGAAUAUUACACACGAAACACAAAAUAAUUCUCAUUUUAUUUUAUCUGUUGCCUUUUCUGUUGAUGUUAUCCUUUUUUCGAAGCGAUGAUUGAGAAUCUGAUCUACGGUAGAGAGUAAAACAAGAUAUUUUGGUCACUUAUGUACAAGCGCCUACUUGAGUUGUUAUUAUGAUUGUAAAUAUCCACAAUAUAAUUCUUGUUUUACCAGUAGCCAAGCAUUCGGAUUUGUGUACACACGCAGACACAAACAGACACAACACGUUUUUUAUCAAUGGUACUAAAUAAGAACGGCCACCUAUGCAGUCAAUUAAAUUGUAAUUUAUGAUGGAAUUGGACGUGAGCAGAAUUAAAAUUUUAAGCAGCUAAUAAGCCAACGUUUGUGUAGCUGAUUUACGAAAAAAAUUAUCCUUUUGAGAGAGAAAUUUGAAUGACGAUUAUUAUUACAGUUCUAUAUUACUACACGCCAUACUAUAUGAUUGGAGUGAAAACAAGAGACGAAAUCCAGACGACGAAUUCGAACCAAAACGGCAUCUACUAUCACAAUAGCUCUCUGUGUAAAUUUAAGGGAAAUUAAGAUUGCAUAAAUAACAUUCUAAUGUGGAUCAAAAAAUGUGCUCCAAACCUGUAUAAAUUAUGAAAGGCUAUGCACCGUAGUUUUAUUCUGCAAAAAGUUUACAUUUUUGUGCCAUGUUGUCAAUACAAGAAAUACAAGAAUUAGACAAAUAACAACUUUA